AUGGCUAAUGAGACGGUUUCUAUAGACUUCACACAGGUUGCUAAACAAUUCGUCGAGUUCUACUACAAGACCUUCGAUGAGAACCGGGGUAACCUUGGAAGCCUCUACCGCGACCAGUCUAUGUUGACGUUCGAAACCACAUCCAUCCAAGGAGCUGUUGCUAUUCUGGAGAAGUUGACUUCUCUGCCAUUCGAGAAAGUCGCCCAUCAAGUAGCUACCCUUGACGCCCAGCCAUCAAACGAGAACGGUGGAAUUAUGGUCAUGGUCACCGGCGCUCUCCUGGUAUGGAAUAUCCUUAUCCUGCUUAUCACGCAUUAUUCCCGAGUUGACGACUCGCCAGCGCCCAUGAACUACAGCCAGACCUUCCAGCUCCUCCCCGAUGGUGCCGGAAGCUACUUCGUCUUUAACGAUGUUUUCCGCCUUGUCUAUGGCUCUUGA